AGUCCUUAGUAAGUCCAUAGUACAUAGAUUGGUAAGAAAUGAUACAAAAUGUGUGCUCCCAGAGUUCUAAAGUAACAGCACCCACACAGUUUUACUGUGUACUGUGGUUCAAAAGUAACAGCACCCAUAUGGCUUUACCACAUAUAGAUGAAGUGAUUAGCAAGAAUGCCACUGAUCUCCGGAAUUUUGAGCUGCUGUGUUGCUGUGGCAAAAGCCUGGAGGCUCAUCAGCGGUUCUGACUCGCUAAUCGAUGUGGUAGUUCUUGAUCCGACACAGAAGAUGUCCUGGUUUGAUAAAGAAUGGGACAGUGAUACUCGUAAUAAAGCAUGGGACCUUGUUUGUAGCAAGAGGGUGCUGCCACCAACAGCUAAGACGACCAAGAAAAGCUCCAAGAUCCGGCGUCUUCUAUCUGAUUCUUAUGAUGAGCCGCAGGCCAUACCAUCAUCUCCGAGUGCUGCGUUUCCUGCAUGGGAAGCCAGCUUCAAUGAGUAUAUGAACAAUGUUGACUAUCUGUCAGAGGACCAAUCCAUUGUUACAUGGUGGGGGGUAUUUUCCAGUGAACGUGUAUUCUCGGGUGGGGGUAUUACCAUCACCAAACUUCGGAAUCGCUUGCGUGGUGACAUUGUCGAGGCCCUGCAGCUCUUGAAAUAUGCACUAGGGCUGCGCACCGUACCGUACACGGUAUAUGGCCGUAAAGCCAUGGUCUCAGACGGUCACGGAAAUAUCCGUAUACCGUACCGUAUGCUUAGUUUGAAAGCUUUGUCGGUGUCGGUACAGAGAGAACAAAUGGGCCAUGUUGAGUGA